AAUUUUGAGGUUAUACUCAACAAUAACAAGCGUUUAAACAGACAAUUACAAUUUCAUAUAACAAAUAAUAAUAAAUUGAACGAAUAAAAAUGAUGGAAGACGUGCAAAGACACUCUGUGCACACCCUAGUGUUUAGGUCCUUGAAAAGGUCGCACGAUAUGUUUUUAUCCAAUCAAGGAAUUUUGCCGACAGUGGACGAGACGGCGUUCAAACUUAGAAAAGCGGUAAAAGCACGCGACUCUUACGGUCAAGUAUUCGAUGACGUUAAAAAAAUGCAAGCCAUGAAACACAUAAGGGACACAGAAGCUGGUCCCAAUCCGCCACCACCAGGAACUGCAGAAGUGGAAGCUUCAGCAGUGAGUGAGGGUGCAGUUGUUCCCUACACUGACACAAGUUUAAUGACCAGAAACUCAACCAACACACAACAGAAUCAACUGGCUAACAUUGUGAAAAAGGUGCCAACAAUGCCUAAACCUAAGUGGCAUGCACCAUGGAAAUUGUAUAGAGUUAUUGCUGGCCACUUGGGAUGGGUUCGAUGUGUUGCUGUGGAGCCAGGCAAUGAAUGGUUUGCUACUGGUGCUGCAGACAGAAUCAUCAAAAUUUGGGAUUUAGCCAGUGGACAGUUGAAAGUUUCCCUGACUGGACACGUUAGUACAGUCAGGGGUUUGGCAGUUAGUAGUAGGCAUCCCUAUUUAUUCAGUUGUGGAGAAGAUCGACAAGUUAAAUGUUGGGAUUUGGAAUAUAAUAAGGUCAUCAGACACUAUCAUGGGCAUUUAUCAGCAGUUUAUUCAUUAGCCCUUCAUCCCACAAUUGAUGUACUGUUAUCAGCAGGUAGAGAUUCCACAGCUAGAGUGUGGGAUAUGAGAACAAAAGCAAAUAUACACACACUCACAGGUCAUACACAUACAGUAUCCACAGUUAUAGCUCAGGCUUCAGAACCUCAAGUCAUAACUGGGUCACAUGAUUCAACAAUAAGACUGUGGGAUCUUGCAGCAGGAAAAUCAAUGUGCACAUUAACUAAUCACAAAAAGAGUGUGAGAGAUUUAGUAUUCCAUCCCACUUUGAACAUGUUUGCAUCUGGUUCACCUGAUAAUAUAAAACAAUGGAAAUGUCCAGAUGGAAAGUUUAUUCAAAACUUAUCUGGACACAAUGCUAUUGUAAAUUGUUUGGCUGUGAAUCCUGAGGGAGUGCUUGUGUCUGGUGGUGACAAUGGAACUUUGCACUUUUGGGACUGGAGGACAGGUUAUAACUUCCAGAGACUGCAAGCACCAGUCCAACCUGGUUCCAUGGACAGUGAAGCAGGCAUAUUUUCCAUGAUAUUUGACAACUCCGGCAGUAGGUUAAUCACAACUGAGGCUGAUAAGACAAUUAAAAUUUACAAGGAAGACGACACAGCGACGGAAGAAAGCCAUCCUAUCAACUGGAAACCAGAUAUUCUAAAGAGAAGAAAGUUCUAAUGUUAAAUUACUGUCCUAAAUGUGUUUGUACAAAUGAUAAUUUUAUAUUUAAUAAAUAUAAGUAAUAAAUCAAUUUUGACAAAAAUA